GAUCCAUAUUUAUUAUCAGGUUACACAAAUGAUAAGGACGUAUGUACGAUAAACAAAAGUUUAUUUCUUGCAGUUUAAAUUCGUCAAUAAAUCGCUAGUGGAGUAGAGUAAAACCAUGUGGGUCUUGGGAAAUCUUAACAUAAUAAUGGGACUCAUGGAGUCAUUGACAUCCAUGAUGCCCGAGUUUCCCGACGAUGCUCUUGUUAAUUACAAAGUUAAUUCGCGAUCGCUCGUUGAACUCGAAAGAAUAAAUGCCGCUAAGGACGGACACUUUCCUGAUGAUUUUAUUUUUGGUGUUUCAACGUCUGCUUAUCAAACUGAAGGAGCUUGGAACAUUUCCGGUAAAGGAGAGUCAAUAUGGGAUUACGUUACUCAUAAUUCCCCAGAAAUAGUCAUCGACAAAUCAAAUGGUGAUAUUGCUGCUAAUUCAUAUUAUAUGUAUAAAACGGACAUCGAUCUAGCUAAACAAGUUGGUUCCAAUGCCUUCAGAAUAUCUUUAUCGUGGCCAAGAAUUUUGCCAACCGGUUUUCCGAACCGUGUCAACGCCGAAGGUAUCAAGCAUUACAACGACGUUAUCAAUGAAAUGAUCAGCAAAAAUAUAACGCCUGUUGUCACUCUGUACCACUGGGACCUACCCAAGGAAUUAAAUGAUCUCGGCGGGUGGACCAAUCCACUGAUCGUUGACUGGUUCGUUGACUAUGCGAGGGUCGUUUUCCAAGCAUUCGGUGAUAGGGUAAAAUACUGGAUGACUGUUAAUGAACCAACAGUUUAUUGUGUUUAUGGUUACGGAGGUAAGAUGGUGCCUUUUGUGAACCAUUCGGGUAUAGCUGACUAUUUAUGUGGGCAUCAUAUGUUACUCGCACAUGCAAAAGCACAUAAAAUGUAUAAAAAUGAAUUUGCUCAGCAACAAAAAGGUAAAGUGGGAAUAUCAAUAUCUGUACCCUGGGCAGUAGGUUCAAACCCAGAAGACGUUGAAGAAUCAGAAGGAGUUGAAAGAUGGUUCAGUUUCUUGGCCUCGUGGUUCCUCAACCCGCUCUUCAGCUACGAUGGCGACUACCCGGAAGUUAUGAAAAAUAUAAUUAAGGAGAAUAGUCUGAAGCAAGGAUUCUCAAAGUCGAGAUUACCGAAAUUUACUACCGAAGAAGUCGAGAUGGUUAAGAACUCGACGGACUUCUUGGGAUUGAAUUUUUACCACGCGGUGAGAGUUGAGAAGUGGACUGAUUACGACGUCAAUACUACAGUGUCUUUCUUUGGGGACAUUGGUAUGCUGGAAGUGCCGGCUAAUGAACACGCGGCUGCUUUUAGUGAUCGCAGCACACCCUGGGCCUUUGUCGCAAUGAUCCAAAAAAUAAACAAAGACUUCAACAUCCCAAUGAUAAUGAUAACCGAGAACGGUUACUGGGACCGCGGGCAACUGGCCGACAUUGGCCGAGCCAAGUACUACCACCAGCACCUCAGCGAGCUCCCGGGUCUCAUCGCCCAGGGUAUCAACAUCCGCGGCUACUUCGCCUGGUCUCUGAUCGACAACUUCGAGUGGGCCGCCGGCUACACUCAGAAGUUUGGUAUUUUUUCCGUCGACUACACCGUCCCCGAGCGCACUCGCAUUCCCAAGAUAUCCACCAAAGUAAUCAGCGACUUCUACAAGACGAAAAAAAUUCCCCUCUUCCUCUGGUCGCUCAAUGAGGUCGAGUUCGACAUCAACAUCAGUCAGUAAUUUGCCAAAA